UGGCUGCCUCUGUGGACAUGGUGUUUCCAGUCAUACAUGGUAAAUUUGGUGAAGAUGGUGGCAUUCAGGAGUUGCUGGAAAAGUAUAACAUUCCAUUUGUUGGCACGGGAUCAAGUGAGUGUUGCCAAGCAUUCGAUAAGUACAAUGCCUCAUUGGAGCUCAGCAGACAAGGAUUCAUAACAGUACCAAGUUGUUUAAUACAGGGAAGUGAAGCAGAUGAAUCUGAACUGUCAAAGUGGUUUGCAAGAAAUCAACUGGACCCUAAGUCAGGGAAAGUUGUGGUAAAACCAACACGAGCAGGAUCAAGCAUUGGUGUUACGGUUGCAUAUGGCCUGGCUGAUUCCCUUAGCAAGGCUAAUGCAAUUAUUACAGAGGGAAUUGAUUCCAGAGUCCUAGUUGAAAUCUUUCUUGAAGGAGGGAGUGAGUUUACAGCAAUUGUUCUUGAUGUGGGAUCUGGUUUAGAUUGCCAUCCUGUUGUAUUACUACCAAGUGAGGUGGAACUUCAAUUCCAUGGCAGUGUUGAUGUUAUGGAGAAGGAUGCAAUUUUCAACUACCGGAGGAAAUACCUUCCAACACAGCAGGUUGCCUAUCACACUCCACCUCGUUUUCCUAUUGAUGUCAUUGAAAGUAUUCGAGAAGGAGCAUCUCGGUUAUUCCAAAAGCUUGGCCUCCGUGACUUUGCUCGAAUUGAUGGAUGGUUUCUGCCUCAAUCUAUUCAUGUAACAUCAUCGUCAGAUAGCAAAUUUGGAAGGACUGAGAUGGGUACAAUAUUAUUUACUGACAUUAACCUGAUUAGUGGGAUGGAGCAGACCAGCUUUUUGUUUCAGCAAGCCUCGAAGGUUGGUUUUUCUCAUUCAAAUAUUCUCCGGAGCAUAAUUCGUCAUGCUUGUGUGCGGUAUCCGAAUCUUGCAUCAUUUGGCAGUGUAUCAGAUUAUGCGCCUAGAAGAUCAAAAACCUCAAUGCUUAAUGAAGCAGUUCAUAAUUGCAACGGCACUCGAAAAGUUUUUGUUAUUUUUGGAGGAGAUUCAUCAGAGAGGCAAGUAUCUCUUAUCAGCGGAACAAAUGUUUGGCUCAACUUGCAAGCUUUUGAUGAUCUCGAAGUAAUUCCAUGUUUGCUUGCCCCCACAACUGGAGAUUCAUCUAACGAAGUUGAUGUGAGUUCCAGAACAGUUUGGUCUUUACCUUAUUCUCUUGUGCUAAGACACACCACAGAGGAAGUUCUUGAUGCAUGCAUAGAGGCAAUUGAACCUGACCGAGUUGCACUUACAUCUCACUUAAGGAACAGAGUUGUUCAAAAUCUCAUGGAAGGCUUGAAGAAACAUUCCUGGUUUACGGGUUUUGAUAUUACUGAUGAACCACCUGUAAAAUUAACAGUUGAACAGUGGAUCAAGCUAGCCAAGGAAGCUCAGGCUACAGUUUUUCUUGCAGUACAUGGAGGCAUUGGUGAAGAUGGCACACUUCAGUCUUUGUUGGAAGCUGAAGGGAUUCCACAUACAGGUCCUGGAGUGAUGGCUUCAAAGAUUUGUAUGGACAAACUUGCAACAUCUCUUGCUCUAAAUCAUCUGUCGGACUUGGGAGUUCUUACUAUAAACAAAGAUUUGAGGAGAAAGGAGGAUCUCCUUAGUACGCCAAUAGGAAAUGUAUGGCAUGAUUUGAUCUCAAAGCUUCAGUGUGAAACAAUAUGUGUUAAACCAGCAAGAGAUGGAUGCUCAACUGGGGUCGCAAGGUUGUGCUGCAUCGGAGACCUUUCAGUCUAUGUAAAAGCAUUGGAAGACUGUGUUCUCCGGAUUCCUCCUAAUAGUUUGUCAAAGGCACAUGGAACCAUUGAGAUGCCAAACCCCCCUCCGGAGCUCUUAAUCUUUGAACCUUUUAUCAAUACUGAUAAUAUAAUUGUAUCUAGAAAUGAAAAUGGACAUCAGAUCUUGUGGAGUGGACAGAGUAGAUGGGUUGAAAUAACUGUUGGCGUUAUUGGGAAACAAGGAUCAAUGCGUUCAUUGAGUCCUAGCAUCACUGUCCGGGAGAGUGGUGACAUUUUAUCACUUGAGGAGAAAUUUCAAGGUGGGACUGGCAUCAAUCUCACUCCACCUCCAUCAUCAAUUAUUAGCAACGAGGCCUUGCAGAGAUGUAAGCAACAUAUUGAAAUAAUUGCAAACACUCUUGAAUUGGAGGGAUUUUCCCGAAUUGAUGCAUUUGUCAAUGUGGAUAGUGGCGAGGUCUUGAUCAUAGAGGUCAAUACGGUGCCCGGAAUGACGCCUUCCACUGUCCUUAUUCAUCAGGCACUGGCAGAGGAACCACCCAUGUACCCUCACCAGUUUUUCCGUACACUGCUUGAUUUGGCAUUAGAGAGGUCCAUAUGAAGCUCUCAGAAUACUAUUGUCAAUAUCUCCAUUGUUUUCCUCUGUAAACUCCUUUUUAUGUGGCUUUGGGGGGCACAACUCUCAACUUGUGAGCUUGUUAGAAACAGAAAGCAUAUGUAUUUGUUCAGUUUGUAAUUUAUGUAGCAAGCAGAUUACCUUAAAAUGUUUGUAAUGUUGUUGUAAAUGUAAGGUCAAAACAAACUCAGAUCAAGGCAAAAGCACCACAAUUUCACUACCA